AUGCCCAACAAGAACUUGGCUCACAGCGACAAAGUGAUCGACGCCAUCAAGUCGGAGGUCGAGAAAGAUUGCCCCGACAUCGUCUUCUGCGCCAACAUCCUCACCGUUGCCAUCAAAGACUCCGUCCACCUUCUCAGAAGAAGAGACUAUAGCUCCGAGGGCCUUACUUUACCUGUAAAUAGGAACAACUUGAGAGCUACAACUCUACUUGCCGUGCGUAUAGAGGAUAGAGAGGGGAGAAGGAGAAUGCAUGGAGGAGAGAGAGGGAAAGUAGGGAGGAGGGACAGUAGAGAAGGAGAUGGAGAGAGAGAAAGGAGAGAUAGAGAUCUUCUAAUGAUGCCGUAUUGGCGGUUUCGUCUUCAGUUGCUGUGA